AUGGCGAUGGCGAGACACUUCAUCUUCUCAGUGCUGGUGGUGAGCAUAACUCUGGCAGCAGCUUAUGUUGAAGAGCUGGAUGACAGAUUUAAUGAGAUGCGUAAGAGCGAGCCCUGGAUGGUGCAAUUUUACGCUCCAUGGUGUGAAUACUGUAAGACAUUCGAUCUGAUAUGGUACGACGUCGCGUCCGAGCUGAAGAGUCAAGGCUCUCACGUCAACAUGGGCAAAAUGGACAGCACUGUCUACACCGAUGCAGUCACUGAGUUUAAUAUUCGUGGAUAUCCUUCAAUCAUCUUUAUAAAAGGUGAUAAGUAUUUUCACUACAAUGGUCAGAGGACAAAAGACGCCAUCCUUGAAUUCACCGAGAGAGUAUCUGGUCCGUUCGUGCGGGCUCUGAGCAGCGUCCGGCUCUUCCAGCAUGCCCUGAGCCGCCAUGAGCUUUUCUUUCUGUAUGUCGGCGGGAGGUCGCCGCUUAAGGGCCAGUUUUAUAAAGUGGCAUCUGAGUUUAUCAUCUAUAACUAUUUUUUCUCUGCCACCGUGGACGUUUUACCUCAGGCGGUCACUCUGCAAGAUGUUCCCUCCAUCGCGGUGUUUAAAGACGGAUCGUAUGACAUCUACGACGAGGUUCGUGACGGUAAUCUUUCCUCCUGGGUGGACCGAGAGCGUUUUCCUGGUUACUUCCUGAUGGACAGCUUCUCGUUGUAUCAGAUGGGUGAGCGAGCUAAACUCAUAGCUGUUGCUGUGGUGGAUGAGAAAAACCCAUCUGCAGAAAGUAUUCGGUAUAAGAACCUUGUGGAAAAGGUGGCCACGGAAUACAGAGACCAGUACGGCACGAGCUUUCAGUUUGGCUACGUGGAUGGAAACGACUACAUCAACGGCGUCAUAAUGGACGAGUUACCAAUGCCUUCUUUCAUCGUCAUGAACAUGUCCAUCGACGGAUAUUAUCUACCCGGAUCUACAAUCGAGACCAUUGAAGAUCUCGUCCAGGUCCUCGAUAGCAUCCUGACUGGAAGAUCUGAGUUACUCGGAGGGAACGGAUUCCUGCGGCAGAUAAAGAGGCUUUAUUAUCGUGCGACGUCUGCUGUAAAGACGAGUUUCGCCUCAGCUCCCUUCGGUACGUGUUUCCUUAUUUCCUUGCCGCUGGUGGUGAUUGGAUUCAUCGUCGUGGGAAUCUGUACUGCUGAGCGAGUGGAUGAUGAAAAAGCAGACGAUGGCGCUGGUCCUGCGGUCACUCGCAGGAAAAGAGCAGCGCUGAAACACUCUGAAGCCAAGAAAAAAGAUUAACACCACCACAAACAUGGCUCCUAGCCCUGGUCCUCGACUGCCAUUACUUUAACUGUUUUUUUCUGCUCUAACACACACACACACACACACACAUUAACUCAAACUGACAAAUUGCUCUCAUUAACCAUGUUAAAGCAGACAACUCUGCACUCUGCACUGCGUUAUGAGAAAAUUAAUUAAUCAUUCAUGGAAACUCAGACGUUCCACUUAUAAAUAAACAAAAAAUCUCACAUAAUUUAUUAUUCGUAAUGCAUUUUCUAGCACUGUUCUGACUAACAGCACGAAUGCUAGGGUUCUCAGGGAAGUCUCAGUUUUUAAUUCUAAUGCUUGAAGGAAUAAAACAUCGUGACUCUACGGGAAAACAAUCGAGGAACGAAAGGUUGCUGCAGUGACCCAGAAUCACUUCUAUCCCUCUGUUGUUACAGCACAGACUGAAAUGUUCUAUUCCUCUAAAACACUGCAAUUUGCCAAAUGCUAGCAUAUUUUAUUUCAGAAUGAAGCGUCAUGCAUUUUUUUAAAUCCAUUUUUAGUUGCAUCUUAAUGUCGUGGAGAAAAACCACAAAAUGACUCGGUUCCUGUUCCGUCGUGCUUUUUUUUUUUUUUUUGGUCACAACUCUGGUUAAUUUCCUAGCCACUUUAGAGGGUAACGUUAUUAUUUGUACUUUCUGAUGUGGCUUGUAAAAAAACAGUGUAUUAUUAUACUGUUUAUAACGCACACAAAUAGUAUGUGUCGCAAACUACCGUAUUAUUACAGAGUGUACGAAACACACUGCAGUCUGAGGAGGAUGGAAACACGUGAAUUUAAAGCGCUUCAAAUUUAUUUCCGAUUACUGAUUUUUUUUUCUCUUAAUAUCUAAUUCGAUGGCAUUCUGUUGCUGGUAACAAUGAAGAAUUGUUCGUAAAGCCUGAAAACACACUCAGUAAUACUGCUUUAAUUUCUUUUCGGCUUUUCCCUUCAGGGGUCUCCACAGUGAAUCAUCUCUCUCCACCUAUCCCUAUCUUCUGCAUCCUCAACACUUGCACCCACUAGCUUCAUAUCCUCAUUUAUUCCAUCCAUAUACCUCCUCUUUGGCCUUCCUCUUUGCCUCCUGCCUGGCAGCUCCAUGUCCAACAUUCUCCUACCAAUAUACUCACUCUCCCUCCUCUGAACAUGUCCAAACCAUCUUAAUCUCUCCUCCUUAACUUUGUCCCUCAAACGUCCAACA